CCCCAUACGUUCGACACGACGGCCCCGCCAACGACCUCGUCACUCCUGCCGGGAGAUGGACACCCUCCAUCUUCUGGCAUCUCGUCCCUUCCGCCGACGCUCUCGCCGAUAGCGCGAGUAUCGUUGCCUGAGUCUCAGUGUGUCGUCACUGACAGGACGAACACCCGAACAUCUGUCGAAUCGCGACCGAGCAAUGCCGUCAGCAUGUCUGCCCCAGCCGACAAUUGGUCUUACCAGAAGCAUCAGCAGCAGCAACCAACACUGCAACAGCAGCAGCGUCCGUCACCCUUGUCAUUCAGAAGCAUGGACUCGGGCUUCAUCGGCGGCGUAGCGCUGCAAAAGUACAGACAAGCGCACGCUUCGCCGGCCCAGCAACACGAUGCUGACGGCCCCAGUGGCGCGGAAUCCACAUCAUCGAGCCAACGCCAUUGUCAUCGCGAGCGACCGAUUCCCGCGCCCAUCAAUACAAGCAUCCCGACCACGCAGCAGCUCUUGCAGCACUCAGAGCGAAAACCCGCCGUCUCAUCCUUCGUCACACCGACUGAUCUGAACUCGCCACCGAGCUCCGGCUCUGUUCCUGCUUCCCGUCGCCACGCCAGCGCGAGGAUGGUGUCUGAACCUGCCGCUUUGCCGACCAAGUCUAGCAGCCAAACGGAACCGCAAAAGACCAGAAAGGGCUUGCCUUUCCUCAAGAACCCUAUGUCUACCUUGUUGAUGCGCAGAAAGGCUAGCCAGAAUGUCCCCGACAUGACGCCUCUUCCACUCUCUGUCGAGAAGGAAGAGCCCGUCUACGACCCUCGUAUCAGGGGAACGCGCGUCCACGACUUUAGCGCUCCGCGCCGCAGGGAGGCAAAAGCCGCCGGUAUGCCCGUCUCUCCGCAGAUUGUGACGACACCGUAUGCUGCUGCGUCGGCCUCCGCCUCUGUUUUUGAGAGCGAAGCGUCGCCGCACCUUGGCAGCGAUCCCUCAGAGGUGACGCUUGGUCGGUCGUCAUCCACAGUUGCCACCAAAUCUCCCCCCUCCACUGCGACCUCUAGUGAAUCGCAGGAUGCAUUGGUCAGUCCUGCUGUUGCACCUCCUGCUCAUUCGGGGACUCGGGCAAAUAGCCGUUCAUAUCAGCAACCACAGCAGCAACCACAGCACCAGCAGGAAGAUGCCUAUUCGAUGUCAACAACGCUUCCCUACAGAAACGUUUCUGUCUCUACGGUUUCCACGGCAGCAACACCUUCUCGUAUGGGAAGCUCAGCGACGCCCAUGCGAUCGCGUAACGUCUCGGAUGUUUCCAUGAUGUCAGGAAUCUCUGGCCUGCCCAAGCAUAUGAAGAGUACCUCAUCGAGGUUCAGCUUCGACAUGAUUGGCGCUGCUAAGCAGGAAAAGGCCAUGGAGGAGCGCCAUCGCCAGCAUCAGGCUGAGAAGGGCGGGCGGGAGGAGCCAGUCGUCAACAACGCUCGUGACUCACGCUUCGACGACUUUGAUGAGGAUUCCUUUGACUACGAUGCCAUGAUGGAUGACGACGGGCUGGAAGAGAGAAUACCGGGCGUCAAUGCCGACUACGACGACUACGACGACGGGUUCUUUCCAGAAGAGGAGGUUGAUGAUCCCGACAAUGAUCAGGAAAAUUUUGCCGGCUUCAGUUUCCAGCGAUCCGAGGGAAACCUAAGAGGUCUGGCGUCCAAGACACUCGACGACGAGGUCGGCAGCGGUAGCUUCAAAAGCAAGUCUACGGCCAGACAGUCGCAGCUACAAGAAUCACCCCUGCCACCAGUGCCGGAAAAGCCUGCCGCACAGCCACAGCAGGAACAGCAGAUGCCCAAACUCGCGCCAGCUGGACUGGGGAUCGAGGGUAUGAAUGUGCAAGAGCUGGCGACCCAACAGGCCCCUUCAGCAUCAACCGAUAGCGACAAUAAGAAACAACCGGGCCAAGUCGACGACCUUUACUACGAUGACGGGGUUGUCGGCUUUGAAGGCGAAUUCGCCGAGGAUCUCGCGAGGCCACCUUCAUGGGAUGCGACGCCAUUCGAUGAGUCCAUCUUUGACAACAACGACACGGACCAAUAUGGACGUCCCAUUGCCGGGGCUUUUGCACAAGCUCAGUCGGAGAGGCAGGCGACGCUGAGGGGGUCGAUAAAGCGGGAGUCGGACCUGACGUCGCGGUUUUCCGAGCAGUCGGAAGUGACGCGCUCAACGGCCCACACGUCACUCAGCACGGGCACCACCCUGGACAAGGGAGCUGUCAAGAAGGGAGGUGUGCCAGAGGUGUUCCAAGACAUGGAGAAUGCGCCAUUGCCAGACCAGAACCCCAUGGUGGCCUAUCAGGCUGCCCUCGCGGCGGCGGCACGCAAGGCAGCUGCGACAGGCAAAUUCCAGCGGGGUGGGGAGGACCCCUCGGCGGCAGAGCACCAUGACGGGGCUGACGGCGACAACAACAAUAAUGAGGAUAAUAAUAGAUAUAAUGUUGACGGUGGCGACGACGGAAGCCACGAUGAUUACGACAAGUCGGCGUGGAAACCUGACGAAUACGAGGCAGACAAGGACGACUACGAGUUUGGCGGUGGGUUCGAGAACAUGGAUGACUUCGAGCUCGACGACGACGCCAUCAUAGCCGAGGCCAAUGCCAGCGCGCUAGCCAACGACCCCAACCUGACACCCAUCACGGAACGGUCCGAAUACUCGAACCGUAACUCGGUCAUGAGCAUGACCGCCUUCCCCGGUGGCCCAACCGGCGGGUUCGGAACCCCGAUCCAGAGCCCCGGCCUGGCCCAGCUGGCUCUGAUGUCGGACACGAACGAGGAGAUGUCACUGUCGUCGCUCAUGCGCCUCCGGUCCAAAGCAUGGGGUGGAUCGCAGGCCAGUGCCAGCCAGGUCUCCAGCCAGGCUGGGUCUCCCAAGUCCGAGAGGGGCGACACGCCACAUUCUCCCUGGGCAGUAACAGCGCCACACUCACCAUGGGCUGUGUCUACGGCAGCAGCAGCAGCAGCAGCAGCAGCAGCCAGCAUGCACGGCCGCAAAGGCUCAUGCCUCAACUUCGACCUGGAAGGCGGCGGGGCUGACUCGCUUCCCAGCCCCACCCUCAUCAAGACCAUGUCUGCCCCGGGAGGUGGCGUGGACCCGGACCACCAGAGCACACUCCCCUCGCCAUCUAUGCUCGCACGACGAUCUGCCUCGGAGGCCCACAGGCGCUCAGUCAGCAGCGGCUUCUGUGGCACACCGGCCGACGAGAUGCACAGUCCUAGCCACGGUCGCGGCGGCCACCAUCACCACUCCCCCGUGAGUCCCGUGGCCUCGACCGCCGGCAGUGAUGCCGCUGUUGCUGCUGCUGCGGCGGCCAGUCGGCGAUCCGGUCUGGGCCACAGCUUGAGUCACCAGUCUCGCAGCUCGGCCGAUAGUGUCUCGUACUCCAUUGAGGAGGAGGAAAGCGGAGAGACGAGGUGGAUCUUGGAGAGGAGGAGGGUCGUCGAGGCCGGACAUGUAGAGAUGGAGAGGGAGGUUGUCGAGGGGGGAAGGAUCUGA